AUGGCGGCCGCAGUGUCAGUUAAUACAGCUGCCAAAGAUGAAAACACAGACUCGGGAAACAGUUUGGCUUCUCGUCCGCUUAAUGAAAAAUACGACCCCGCCGUGGACCAAGAAAACUGGAUUCCCGGGGAUCGCCGGUACCCCGAACUCGUGCAGAACGAAGAGGACGCGACGCCCGGACGCGAGUGUCAGCGAAAGGUCGACGAGGACUUGACAUCACUGAGCCCCGAAGAAAUCGAGAGCCGCUUGGAAAGAACUCGACGGGAGUUUUACAACAGGAGGAAAAUUAUUAUAAAAAACUUGCCCUCUGACGUUAGCAAUCAGGAGGUCCAUGAGCUCUUGGGCAGCUAUGAUCUGAAGUACUGCUUUGUUGACAAGUACAAAGGCACAGCAUUUGUGACCCUACUUAAUGGUGAACAAGCACAAAGUGCCAUCAAAGAGUUCCACCAGCAUGUGUUGCGGGACCGGGAGAUCUCUGUGCAGCUGCAGCCGACAGAUGCUCUGCUGUGCAUCGCCAACCUGCCCCGCGCGUUCACGCAGCAGCAGUUUGAGGAACUGGUGCGCCCCUUCGGCAACCUGGAGCGUUGCUUCCUGGUGUACAGUGCCACCUCGGGGCAUUCCAAGGGCUACGGUUUUGUGGAGUACAUGAAGAAGGACUCUGCGGCCAGGGCCAAAUCGGAGCUCCUGGGGAAGCAGCUGGGCUCACGUAUGCUUUACGUCCACUGGACUGAGGUGGGCUCCCUCACAUACCCACUGUUGCACUCCAAAUGCCUGUGCGUGGACCGCCUGCCUCAGAGCCUGCUGACAGCCCAAGACCUCCGCAGUGCCCUGGCUGACACCCACACGCCAGUUUUCUGCCAGUUGGCUCAGGGACAAGAUGGAAGUUUCCGGCGUUUUGCAGUGCUGGAGUUUGCCACUGCAGAGAUGGCCGAGGAAGCACAGCGACUCACAGAUGGCAGACUGCUGGGUGGGACACAUAUCAGGGUGUCCUUCUGUGCCCCGGGUCCUCCUGGAAGAAGCAUGUUGGCUGCUCUGAUUGCUGCGCAAACCAUGGCUGUAAACAGGGGUAAAGGACUCCUCCCCGAUCCGACAGCCAUGCAGAUACUCACAGGCCUCAGCAACCCUGCCGCCCUCAAGAUGCUGCUCAACCCACUGACACAGGGACAUAAACAAGGCCUCCUCGGUGUGGCCCCCGCCAUACCGCCACUGCUUGCCAACCCCGCUCUCACGGCCGCCCUGCUCCAGCUGCUCCUUCAGAACCAGGCCAAGGCUCAGCAGCAGCCGGGACUUAUUGGGGAGAAUCCUCUGGCCUCUCUGCCUGUCCAGCAGGGAGUCCAUCUGCUCGGAGACCUGCCCCAAGGUGGUAUUGUCCCUGGACUGGCUCUUCAGACAGAUCCUCUACCCCCCUUGAAGCCAGUGCCACGUGGCAGAACUCUUUCAAGGGAUCAGGAGUCCCCCACGUCGGCUUGUCCCUUCCCCCAGACCUCCUCUCCGACCCUGCCGGGGAUCUCUAUGCCCCUGCUGGGUGGCAUGAUCGGGGCAGAUGGCCUCACAGCACAAGGGGUUUCCAUACUAGGAGAUCCUGCAAAAGAUGCAAACCUUCCCCAGAGUCCCUUCCUCAAUGUCAGCAACGUGUUUUCCUCAGGAGGAAGCUGCAGACCUCACCCUUACAGAAGGCGGCCUACACUGAGUAACGUGUCCAACCAGAGCAUCCAACCGAAUUACAACCUGCGUUACCAGGAUUCCUACAGCCCUGAGUACCCCCCACUCCAUCGGGAUCCCCUUGCCCACUUGUAUGAACAGCAGGAGAAUCUUGAUGCCGGGGCCUUGGCAGGAUUCGGUCAGCAGGCCUCUCAUUGCGCUGAAUACAGUGAGCGGUUCCCCCCCUACAGUUACCCUCCAAGCCCACCUCUGUCCUCAUAUUUCAGCUCAGGGUCUGAGAGCUCCUGUAAUGGGAGCCUUCCCACCCCCCAGCUCAACAGGGCUGUGGGAAUGCCUCCUGUGAGCCACACCACCAACUACCCUGCAGGUGUGGAGAAUGUUAUGAAGACUCCCAUCGGUAGCCAAAAGCGCACGUUCUCCCGGCUGAUCCCGUCUCCCGAGCCGAGCCCUGAAGGCGGUUACGUGGGCCAGCACUCCCAAGGCCUCGGCGGUCACUACGCAGACUCCUAUCUUAAGCGUAAGCGUAUAUUCUGAGUACAGCUGUAACGAGUAGCCAUUCAGCAGCCAGGAUGGAGUAGCAUCUCCUCUCCCGUAUUCUCCAAUGGACUCAGUAACUUGGUGGUCCUCGGAUUUAUUGUCCCAUAUGCUCUUGUGAGUGACCUCUGGAGGCUGCAGAGUAGUGCAGUCUGUUUGUCACUCUGUGGAAAAACCUGCAUGUUCAAUUUUUUUUCUUUUUUGUAUAUAUGAUUUUACUGUGUUUUGUACA